GCAAGGAGUCACCCAAACACCGUCGAACUUGCCUUGAUGAGCAGUGUUGGUAAUACUGAUGGCUUACAAUACUUUGCCAAUCUCACUGUCGGCACUCCUGGACAGUUGCAGACUGUUCUCGUCGACACCGGAAGCAGCAAUACUUUCUUCUUCGCGUCUAAUACAUCCUUUUGCCAGACCCAUAAUUGUGCCGGUGGCACUUUCAAUUCGUCCAGGUCCUCAACAUUCGAAAUGACCAACCCUAGAGCUUUCCAGACAGACUUCAUGAUGGGAAGUACCUGGUUCAGGGGUGACUACUUUAGAGAUGCUGUCCAGAUUAACGACCUGGUGGCUACAAACUUUCCAUUUGGACUUGCCAACGAACUGUACGAAACCUUUGAACCUUCCACUGGACUCUUAGGUCUCGGAUAUUCGAGUAACAUGCCUAACUUCACCAUACCACAUAUCAAGAAGAAAUUUCCUCCCACCUUCGUCGAAGGGCUUGUUCAAGCCGGUGCCAUCUCUUCGCGCCUCUACAGUAUCUAUCUUAACACACUAGAUCAGUAUGGCUCAAUCUUGUUUGGCGGGGUUGACACCGAAAAGUACAAGGGUCCCCUAACCACCAUUAACUUACUGCCUUCGCAUAACACAGGGAAGGUCGAUAACUUCCGCCUAUAUCUCCAGGAAAUCAAGGUCAAAACACACAACGCAUCAGAUCAAAGCAUUCUCCGCUCUACUAGCGACAACAGGAUUCAAACUUUGAUAGAUACAGGAGCCCCUGAUUGGCAACUACCAUUCAGUGCUUACCGAGAGGUUAUUAGGCAUGCAGGGGGUGAGUUCACCAACGGAUCCUGGUCUGGAAUACCUCAAGGAUAUCUAGUCAGGCCGUGCAGAGAAGUGGCUCGUGGUUUUAACGAUACCACUCAUUUCGAGGUCACCUUCUCUGGUAACGGAAGUAACACUGCCACUCUGCGUCUUGAGCUGGCUGAUUUGUUUGCUCCAAUCACGACAAAAGAUGGUAGCGCAGCAACUGAUGGUUCUGGAUGGCCAAUGUGCUGGCUUCGAGUCGCGCGCAGCCUGUCCGAAAACAGACUACUUACAUCAAGUUCGGUCAUGCGAGCUGGAUACUGGGUGUUUGAUCUGGAUAACGGCCAGGUAUCGUUGGCACAAGCGAACCUUGGGGCAAAAUCAUCAAAUGUGGUUCAGGUUGAAGCUGGUGCAGAGGGACUGGACAAGGCCGUCCGCAACCUCCGAGCCGAGACUCAGAGGAACAAGGUCGAAGGUCAAAUAUCAGCUUCGGUGACUUAUAAAUUGUCGACCGCUACCAACACUGUUGGUUAUGCUACAGGCAAAGAGUCCUACCCAACACCCAUUGGUACGGGAACCUAA